GAAACAGAAAGCCGCCAUUGACAUUGUUCCUCUAUAAAUGCAAUGCAUCGCCUCUGAUGCAUCGCCUCUGAUGCAAAUUUGGAUUAUCCUCUUUUUGACUGAUCGAGUUUGUGUGCUAUUAAGACCUGUAUACGAGAAUCCGCAGAAUUAGCUGUUCUCAACAGAGGAAGAGAAGGAAGAGAAACCAGAGCAGUAAAUCAAGCAGAGAUGUAACAGGCACAGCUUCUACUUUCUGUUGAAUAGUUUCUCUGGAAACAAGUCAGUAUGGUCCUGGGUCCUCUCAUCUUCCUGGCUGCGCUAGCUCUUGUCCACCACCCUCUGAUGGUCAGUGAUCCCCCGGAUUUGGCCACACAGAUCCGGCUCCAGGACCACGAGAAGCGGAUGAAACAGGAAAUGGAUCUCCUGCAGACAGAGUUCAACCAGAAAGGGCUUGGCUGGAACCCACUGCAGACUCCACAGGACUGGAUGACAGCUGACCAGCCUAUAAAUGGUGAAAGCUGGGAUGCGUUGCCUUAUGUGAUCCUUCUGUUUUUCUUUGUGUGCUGCUUAUACACCUUGGGAAAGGAACCCAGUGACGACUCCAGUACUGAUACCUCCAGCAGUACCACCAACGAAGAUGAUGAGGACACUGACGUGGAACCUGAGACAUAUGAAAACAGUCAGAAAGUUCUAGAAGAUUUCUAUGAUUGCCACAUAGGUUUGGACACCGGGGACCUAACCAAUAUGUGCGAGUUUGUUGAGUCCUUUGUGAAUAACCUUCUGGAGGCCAGCAAGAAUGCCCUUCCCUAUCAGAACUCCCUUCCUCUGUUGGAUAACUGUAUCGGAGUGGACAGUGCCUUUGAAGGAUGGCACACACAAGAGUCCAAGCCAUUCACUGUACUGGUGCCAGUAGUGCCACCUAAGGGACACUUGUUCCAUCUGGAAACAAGUGAUUGCGAGGGCACCACAAGCAAACACGGACACAUCUUGGUGGAGAUGGAGUGUAUGUGCAAGAGAGAGAGGCUGCUAGGGGAUGCGGUGUGCUUCCUUCAUCGUCCUGAGGAAAAGCUGAGUGAAGGAAAGCAAGGUGCCUUCCUCAUGCACAUUUUGUGCACUAGCUCCCAUUUAGAUGUGGAUAAAACCAUCCACUGGUUCCAAAAUCUUGUGGGAAAGGCCUGGAAAAAUAUCCAACACAAGUAUAACCUUGAUCUUCUGCCUGUGCCUUCCAACACAUCCUGCAAGCUGAAACUGCCAUUUAGGUCUGGAAGGACAAUCUCUGUUGACAUCGUACUUGGAGUCCAACAAGACAGCUUUGUCUUCCUGGCCUCUCAGAGUGCUGAGAUGGACCAUUCAGCUGGUACAGUUUGGCAGAGGACCUUUGCAGUUCAGGAGCUGCUCUUUUUCAAAUGGGUGAGCCAGCGAGCCCCAGAGGACAGCUGCCACUUGAAAUGCAUGCAAAUCCUCAUUAUUCUGAAAGAGGCCACUGAAUCGGACAAAAAAACCCCUGUGCUUACCAACUAUCAUUACAAGACUUGCCUGAUGCAUCUCCUGCUCUUAUGGCCACUGUCAGACUGGGCCCCUGAAAAUAUUGCACAAAGGCUGCAGGACAUCCUCUUGUUCAUGAGCGAUGCCUUGCAGGACAAAUGUCUUCACCACUUCCUGAUUGGAAACAUCUCCUUGCCCAUUAAGAUUCCUAUGCCCAAGACCCUUCGCACUGCUGCUCCUGUCAAUCUUUUCAAGCACUUGGCUCAGGACCCCAACCUUCAUGCUGAGGCAAUGAGGGAGUUUGUAGCAGUCGUAGAGCAAGUGAGGGCUCUGAUGACAGACAGUGAAGGGCAACUCCAUACUGGUGAAGAAUGCAACCCAGAUUAG